CGUACUAAAACUCUUUAACAAUCCCGCAAGAAAUUUGUUUUGCCAUUACAAAUGCAAUUACAUUAACAUACACAACAUGUUUUACCUUAUUUUAGUAGCACUGUGUCCAUUCGUUACUACGCUAAAUGCAAGUGAAAUCAAAAUACAAAUAGACACCAACGAUUUACUCAAACUACUAAGCGGCUUCAUGAGUUCAGAACUCAUCAGGAAGUUUGCUAAUCAAAUGGUCCAAAGAACUGCCAUAAAAUACGGCAGUUAUAACAAUCCUUAUCACCCCGAAGAUAACAUAGUUAACAACAUGGAAGCUGAAAAUGCUGCGAACGCUCUCAUUGAUGCCAAUUUAGAGAAAGAUAACGAUAACUUUUUAUCUGGAGAUGAAGAAAAAAAUGAAGACCAGUUCUCAGAAACAGAAAAAUCAAAAAAUGGUAAUGUGGGAAUGAAUACUAAAGAAAAAACAACGAAGACUGAAAACAUAACCAAGGAACGGUCGAAAUAUCCUUUGUUACCAGAUCGUUUCGAGAACAAAGAAGCGAAAGAGAAUAAAAAAAAUUUGAAAUAUAAUCAAAGGAGAUAUGUCUUGAAAGGAUCUAAAUGAUUUUGAAAUUAUAAAUUCUGUCGAAUA